GUGACAUUGGGAGAUGUUGCUGUACUUACCGGGUUAGAGGUUCAUGGGAGAGCUGUUACAGGCACUGCUUGUCGACAGUGGGUGGAUGAGUGUGAGCGGUUGUUAGGUAUGCGCCCCGUUCUUAGGACUGACCUUCAGGGGUCAUCUCUGAGGAUGCCAUGGUUGAGGGAGCACUUCCAGGUGCUUCCUCCCGACGCUGAUGAGGUGAUGAUCCAGCAGUAUGCUCGGGCUUAUAUAUUGAUGAUGAUGGGAGCCUCCAUUUUCGCUGACAAGAGCGGAAAUGAGGUUCAGGUGCUGCACUUACCUUUGCUAGAGAGGUUUGAUGUAGCAGCACAGUUCAGCUGGGGUAGUGCCACCCUGACUUACCUGUACAGACAGCUUUGUCGCGGCUGCCAGAGAGGAAGCACAAAGCUUGGGGGAUUUUUGCUACUCCUCCAGAUUUGGUCAUGGGAGUAUAUCCACAUUGGCCGUCCCAUUAUAGUCGGAUAUCAUGGCAUUGAUGGACAGCCACUGCCUGAUGAGCCUCCACGUCUUCUAGGACCUCAUCAUGUAUGGGGCGAGGACCCUCUAGGCCGUCGAUGGCUAUAUGCUGGUCUAUCUCGCAUGUCAUCCGCUACUGGGCUCGGUGUGUACAGGGAUGCAUUUGAUCGGAUGUCUGAGGACCAGGUAUGGUGUGGGUAGUAUAACAUUAACUAUAAUAUGUACAGAAAAUCUCCUAAUUUUGUAUCGUUAUGAAACAGAUUACAUGGAUGCCGUUUACACCUGAGAUGUUAGCAGAGUUGCCCCCAGCUGGACGAGAGCAUACUCACAUAUGGCGAGCACGUGUGCCGUUGAUAUGUUUUGACAUUGUUGAGCUUCAUUUGCCUGAUAGAGUCUUGCGACAGUUUGGGUUUGAGCAGGUGGUUCCACGGCCUAUCGACACUUAUGUUGAGCUGCAUAGGCUGGAUAGGCGUGGGAAGCAUACAGAGGAUUGGGCACUCAGACAUGUCCGAUAUGUGACUAUGUGGGAAAGGAGAGCUGAGCUAGUUGUGGCCGGGACACUGACAUAUGUGCCAUCUGUUUCAGGAGACUACAUGGGACGGUAUUACAGCAUCACUCGUUUGUUUGUGUCUCCUUCGUUCAGACUCCCUACUCAUCAUUAUCAGCCCAGUUCCUUAGCUUUGCAUCUUACGGUGAGUAUAUUACUAAUUAGUAAAGUAAGUCAUUUUAUUUAUGUAAUAUUUGUAUAUAUUUCAAUGUAAAUGUAAUUGUGUUUCACAUUUCAGACACGAGCUUUGCAGCGCAUACAUCAGCGGGCUACUGCCACAGUGACUGAUAGUCCUGAUGUGGACUUGUAUGGACAGGCUCUCACAGACAUUGCGUCCUUGUGUUCAGAUGUGUUGGGGCCUAUGUUGCACGGAAACGCGAAAAUCAUGAGAAAACGGGAAACGGGAAACGUCAACUUUUGCUCAAAAAAGGCUUAUUUGGAGAGUUUCCAAAGAGUUUCCGAGAGUUUCCGAAACGGGAAACGUACCCUUUCCCGAGAGUUUCCAUGCUACCUAGGUUGGGGCGAGUCGACUACGGCCAUCUUAUACACAUGCCCCCAUCUCAGGAGAUGCCAUCCACGUCUAGUGCAGCGGCGGCUUCAUCAUCCCAGACGCAGCAUGAGAGAGUGGUUCUUCAACCACGACAACGGCGUAGGCGUAGACAGGAGCAGCAACAUCUCCAUGACGAAGUUGACGAUGGGAACUUGUAGUCUGUCUUUUGUAUUGUAGUUUUUCUUAUGCAGUAGAUGUUGUAGGAACAAUUUACAACAUUUGACGUAUUUUCUCUUGUAAAGUCUUGUAUGUUGUCUUGAUGUGUUCGAGUCUGAAUAUUAGAUGAUUACUUGUUAUGAAUAUUGAAUGAUUGUACUGUGUUAUACCGGUUAUUUUCAAGGUGUUUUUUAUGUUGAUGAGAGGGGGUGUUAUGUAUGUGGUUGAGAAUACGUGUGUUGUAUGUUUUAUAAUGUGUUUUAUAAUGUGUUGUAUCUGGCUCGUAACACUUAAACAGGAGAAGAGAGACCUUAUUUAUAGCAAACAGAUGAGUCCGGGUUGAAUUGGGGCGAAAAAUCUGCUGAAAUGCUGUUUUUGGACCUAGGCACGAUCGUGCGUCCCAGGGUACGCACGAUCGUGCGUGGCUGGCAGUACCUGCUCGCCUUCAACCAUA